GGUUUGAAUCAUAAGUAACCCUAUCCAAAUAUCUUAUUUAGGUCUUAAUUUUAGAUUCAGAUUCAACAUAAUAGCAAAUCGGACCGGAUCAAUCUGGCAUAGUUACGGUCAUAGUACCAACGAUUUUUUAUAUAUUUGUUUAAAAAAAUUAAGAAAGAGGAGUACGGGUCAAAGUUGAUGGGAUAGGAGGUGCCAACUUCUGAGUCAUCAUCCAUUAUCAUUUGCAACCAUGGUAACGGCACAUUUCGUGCUACACCAAGUUAAUGCUCAACGCGACAAAAUUUCCUGGGUCGAAUUUAUUAUUUUUUGGUAAGUCCUGGCUAGAUUCAAAACCACUGACGUCCCUGGCGACGUCUUCACUAGUCUCACCGUCACUCUCUCUCACUCUACAGGAAGCCACGCCGAUCCGAAGACCGAAGUCGAGACAGCUCGCCAUAUACCACAUACUCGAACCCCUGAAAUCCCUCGCCAAACUCGAAAAAGAAUGGAGGAACCAACCCAACAGCACUUUCUGCUGGCCACCUACGCGGGCCAAGGCCACAUCAACCCCGCCCUCCGCCUCGCCACCCAACUCGCCCGCACGAUCCCCGGCGCCCGCGUCACCUUCUCCACCACUGUCUCCGGCCACCGCCGCAUGUUCCCGUCCGCCGCCUCCGACGGUGAAGUCUCAGACGGUCGCCUCUCCUACCUUCCCUUCUCCGACGGCUACGACGACGGCUUCAAGGGCGGCACAACCGGGCUCAACGAUUGCAUGGCCCAGUCCAAGCUCCACGGAUCCCGUAACCUCUCCAACCUGCUCGGUGACCUCACCGCCAGCGGCCGGCCCGUCACGUGCCUCAUCUACACCAUCCUCUUACCGUGGGCCGCCGACGUGGCACGCGAGCACGGUAUCCGGUCUUUCCUACACUGGAUCCAGCCCGCCAUCGUCUUCGCCAUCUAUUACCACUAUUUCCACGGCUACGAAGGCCUCGUCGCCUCCAAUCGUGGUGACCCACUAUUCGAGGUGGAAUUCCCGGGACUGCCCCCGCUCCGAAUCCGGGACCUCCCGUCUCUCCUCACCAUCUCCGCCGACGAUCCCCUCCACUCGGUGUUCCUGAUCAUUUUGCGCGAGGUAUUUGAGACGGUGGAUCGCGAGAAGACCAAGUCCCACAAACCGAGGAUUUUGUUGAACACUUUUGACGCAUUGGAGUCUGAUGCGCUCUCAGCUGUUGAUGCGAUGCACCUACUCCCAAUAGGGCCGUCGCUGCCGUCUCCAGAAGAGACCACAUCCCAUGGUGAUAUUUUUCAGCUGGAUGGGAAGAGGUACAUGGAGUGGCUGGACUCCAAGCCGGAGAAGUCGGUGGUGUACGUGUCGUUCGGGAGCUUGUCCGUUAUGAGAAAACAGCAGCUGGAAGAGAUGUUGAACGGAUUAGAGGAGUGCGGGCGGCCGUAUCUUUGGGUGGUUCGGAAGGACAACCGAGAAGAAGGAGUCGAGUUGGAGAAAGGAGAGAAGGGGAUGGUGGUGGAGUGGUGCUCUCAGGUGAAGGUGCUAUCCCACCCUUCGGUCGGGUGUUUUGUGACGCACUGCGGGUGGAGCUCGAUGCUGGAGAGCUUGGCGUGCGGCGUGCCGAUCGUGGGAGCACCGCAGAUCUCGGACCAAGGGAUGAACGCGAAGCAGGCGGAGGAGGCGUGGGGGACGGGGGUGAGGGCUGAGGCGAACGACGAGGGAGUGUUUGAGGGGGCGGAGUUGCGGAGGUGUUUGGAAGUCGUCAUGGGGCAAGGAGAGAAGGGGGCGGAGAUGAGGAGGAAGGCAAAGAUGUGGCGGGACAGGGUGCAAGAGGCCGUCGCCAGUGGAGGGCCGUCUGAUCGGAAUCUUCGGGCAUUCGUGGAGGAGAUUGGGAAGGGUGCGUGAAUAUUUUGGAUGGAUAAUAACGACAAUUGGAUGGGACGUACGAGACAGUUCGACCCUGGUUUGAUCAUCACUUGGAUGCCAUUUGCCGCAUGUAUUAUUCUCCCACGAAUGAAAUAUACUUGCAUAUUUCAUAGGAAAGUUGCGCAACAUUUGUUUAA